AUGGACGUGUUUGGUAGUACGUUAGAGGGUGAAAGAAAUAAGAUGAUCGACGGACUCGUAGCAACAAUUAAAACAUUACAAGGAGAUACGGCGAAAAUAACCUACUGGAUGGAAAUACAAGAAAACAAAUUUCUCGCUCUCGAUCAAAAAUCUAAUGAAAUCGUGAUAAAAAUAAAUAAUAUUGAAACUUCUGCAAAUGAUUUAAUCGCGAGUGUAAUUACCAUUUCCGAUCUAGAUUCUAAAUUAAGUAAAAUGGAAAAGCCUAUACUGCUCA